AUGAUCCAUCGCCACAACACACUACGCAACCAACUGGCUACACACGCUUUUAGAGUCGCCGGCCGCGCCUGCACCCUUGAAGUUCCAUUCCUGAUCCCCAACACCAACCAUCGCCCGGCAGAUAUACUUGUGCAACCAGGUGCUUCCCCUCUAGGAAUGUAA